AUGGUUUUCCCGAAAACAUAUCCGCAGCAUAAAACAACGGCGGCGCUGAGCACGGCUCUGUUCAACAACGGGUUAAGCUGUGGUGCUUGCUUCGAGAUACGAUGCCAGAACGACGGCAAAUGGUGUCUCCCUGGCUCAAUCGUCGCCACAGCGACUAACUUCUGCCCGCCAAACAACGCUCUACCUAACAACGCAGGAGGUUGGUGUAACCCUCCUCAGCUGCAUUUCGAUCUCUCUCAGCGUGUCCCCGUUGCAUACAGAAGAGUGCCUUGCGUGAGAAGGGGAGGAAUACGGUUUACUAUAAACGGACAUUCUUACUUCAACCUUGUUCUGAUUACGAACGUCGGAGGAGCUGGAGAUGUUCACUCAGCGUGGGUUAAAGGGUCAAGAACAGGAUGGCAAGCAAUGUCGAGAAACUGGGGACAAAACUGGCAGAGUAACUCUUACCUGAACGGACAAGCUCUCUCUUUCAAAGUCACAACCAGUGAUGGUCGGACCAUCGUUUCUAACAACGUCGCUUCUGCGGGAUGGUCCUUUGGCCAGACCUUCACCGGCGCACAGAUACGCUAGAAAGGGGUGAUUUCGUAAAAAAAACUCAUAUAUCAUUUGACUAAGUGAAAACAAGUGGUUCUUGUGUGUUGUAGAAAGAUUGGAAAGGUGGCAUAUUAGUAAUUUGGUCCGUUCUUGCCUAAAAAGAAGUGGUGCUUCGAGUGCUUGAUUUUCCACAAAGCCUUGAUGACGACGUCUUUUGGGAUCUUCUUUCUAUUAUUGGUAAGGUUUGUUUGAAGUUAUACUGAUGCAGAGGUGGAGUUAAGUACCACCCGCUACUAGUAAAUUUCUCGUGUAGUUUGUAUGUCCCCUCUUGAAGCGAGAGGGAGAGUUUCAGCUUUCAAGAAUUAGUAGAUUGUAUUAUGUCGUUAAGUCAUCAUCUACGUUGUAAAUUUUCAAUUAUUACAAGGAAUAUUGGAGAUUUGUAAGUUUCAAAAAAAUUUAUAUAUUGGAGAUUUGUUAUUCUAAUU